AUGGAGGCACCAGCACCUACAGUCGACAUUGCAAAGCUCUUCACCCUUCAUGGCAAGACUGCGAUUGUAACGGGAGGAACAGGUGGUUUAGGCACGGCGAUGACUACCGCCCUCGCCUCAGCAGGUGCCGACAUCAUCAGUAUCGAACUACCCGACGACCCCGGCAGCGAGAGGACGAAGGCCAUAGUUAAAGGCUGCGGUAGAAAAUACAGCCGCUACAAUGCCGAUGUUAGCGACAUGAAAUCGAUCCGCUCGACCUACCAACAGAUCUGGAAAGAUGGUCUAUCCGCUGACAUUCUUCUUAACUGUGCUGGAGUCCAGCGGCGAGCCGAAGCCGUUGACUUUACCGACGAGGACAUCGAUGUCGUCUUGGAUGUCAAUGUGAAGGGAUUGAUAGCGUCGUGCCAGGAGUUCGCGAAGAAGCUGAUCGCUGACAAGAGACCCGGGAAGUAUGGUGAUCCCUUUCUACCUCUUGUCGGCUACGACAGCUGA